AUGCGAAUUAAACUGCGUUUCUGCUCCCACUUUCUCCCUGGGAGAGAAGCGGCGGGUGCGCAUGCCCCUCACCCGCUUGGCCUGGUGUGUGCCUCGUGUCAAGGAACAGGUUCAAAUGAGUGCGAGCCUGUGCAUGCAGGGGACGCAUGUCAAGCCCCUCCAGGGUCCUCCACUGCCCCCCGGUCGAUCCGAUCCUCCUCGUCUGGGAACUCUUCCUCCUCUCCCUCCUCAACCUUUGCUUCUUCCUCGUCCUCUGCGUGCUUGUGUUCUUCUCUCCAGUCUCUGCAGAGAAGUGGAUGCGUCUCUGGAAUCUCCUUUGCAGUCUUUGAGGACAGCUGUGUGUUUGUGGAUCGUCGCAGCGUACGGACGAUUGGCCAGCUGAAAGCAGCGCUUCUCGCUGACCUCGCUCAGGGCCGCUUUCCAAAGACUCCCUCGUGUCUUCUCGCUCUUUCUGCGUGUGAAGACAGCCGAAAUGUCAACGCCUCCUGCUUCGCAGCGAGUUCUCGAGCCGCAGAGGUCGCGCUCGGCAAGCCUGUCGACCUCAUGCUGCGCCUCGAAAACUUCCUCCUUCCCGACAACCAGCCCAUCGACCUCCUGGACAAAGACGACGUCGUGACGGUGUGUCUGUACACUCCAGUGCCUGCACAGACAGCUGAGUCGCCGGGCCUUCUCCGCGGCUCUGCUGAGGCCCAGAGACACUCGCUGCUGCCCGCAACAGCCGCGGGCGCAAGAAAACGCGAGCGGUCUUCAGCGCCAGACCCCCGAAGCUCGGGUGGACGUCCAGCCAACCACGUGAAGAAGGGAUGCAAGGCGCUGAGUGCCGGCGACGCCCUGGACGAGAAAAGCAGCGAGGAGGACAGCAGCGAGGAGGAGAGCAGCGAAGAGGAGAGCAGCGAAGAGGAGAGCAGCGAAGAAUCCGAAGAGGAAGUUCCCCGAAAACCUUUUCAGAGGAGAGGAAAGCUCCAGCGUAUGCCGUCGACGCCUGGGAGGCCCUCGAAGGCUGCAGCGCGAGAGGCCAGCGGGAGAGGCCCUGCCUCGGGUGUAUGUACACCUGGGCCGAAGCGGGCCGCGGUGGCGGCCCUCUCCAGCGACGAGAGUUCCACCUCUUCUUCGUCUUCUUCUGACGAGGAAGCGCCGGGCUCUGCAGCCCCGACGAGUUGCUGGAAGAGGGAUCCUUUGUCCCCUGCAGAGAAGCGAAAGCUGAACGCGGCUCCCCGAGUACUGCACGAUCCGAAGAAGACGCGGGACGACGGCGGGAGUCGAAAGCCAGCAACGCCCCUCCCCGCUGGCCAGGCGCGCCAGACGCCGAGUCAAGCCAGCGGGACCGCGGCAGGCUCUGCAGGGCGCCGAGGCACGAGCAGCGAGGGAAAGCAGGAAAGGAAAACUGAGGUGUCUUCCAGCGACAGCGACGACAGCGCCGAGGCACCGAGGGCCGGUAAAGAGCUGCGCAGGCCCAAUGUGGCGCGCAUGCCCGCCGUCGUCGCGAAGGCCUUCGGCCUCGCUGCCGGGCGAGUCUCGGGUGUGCGUCAAUCUGGCGCUGGCGAAGCAGUCGCGUCUGCAGAUGCGCGUCAGGACUCGCGCUGCAUGCAGCCGAGGAACGGCGGCCGCAGUCAGAGGCAUCCCCAGCAGAUAGACGUGGACGCGCACCCGGCGCGGGCCUCGCCCCAGACACAGGAGACGCCGAUGGAGGCGGCAGAAGAGGCAGGAAAACCAGAGGAGACAGGAGAGACAGGCGGGUCAUGGACGGCGCCUCCCGCUCCCGAGGCACUUAUCCCUUGGCCGUCUGCCUCUUUGGAGAAGGUGAAAAUCCACCAGUGGCUUCAAGUGUGCUUCCUCACCCUGCAGGGCUUCCUGCCAACUCUGAGCAGCGAGCGCCUCGUUCGCGUCGAAGAAAAAGACCUGGCGACUGGCCGCGUGCGUCUCUGGGAGCACCGGGCCCCGAACGACCGCCCCCCAGCCUCGGGUGGAUGUACAUCCCAGGCCAGGCGGCGAGGCACAGGCUCCUGGCGGGACUGGUCGAGUCUGACGGAAAUCAAAGCGACUCCGGAAGUGGUGCAUGCAGACGCCGAAGGCCUGGAUAGCAGCCAGACGGCGUCGGCGGGUGCGGCCUCUCUCGGCAACGUUUCGCAACUUGAGACCGUCGACGGAGAGAACGGUGGAGCCAGCGGCGCAGCAUUCAAGUAUCAACCGAAGAGACUUCUCGCCCUGCAACAGCAGACCGUCCCUGAGGCGAUAAGCGGAAACGCUUUGCCUUCCGAGUCGCCUCUGCGCUUCACAUCCCAGACCGCCCCCCCAGAAAACGAAAGCCACUCAAAUUCUUCUCCCUCUUCUUCUCCCGCCUCCACUGCAGCUUCCUCUUCUUCUCCGUCUUCGGCUGGCUCUCCCUCCUCCUCCUCUGCUUUGGCGUUGAGUGCUUCUGCAGGUGUGGAGACCGAUGCUGCGCUGAAAGGAAGGUCCUCGAGUCGUUCGGAGAAGACAAGAGAGACUGCCUGGGAGGCCUUUCUUCUUUCAGGACUCGAGGUGGUUGUCAGCGAGGACGGCUCGGACUUGCUGGUGCGGCAUUUCGCGGCGGCGGGGGCGUUUCAUCUGCCGCUGCCUCGGGAUUUGCUGGACGCAUGCAAGCAGCACAUGCAGAAGCCACGAGCAACCUCCCGGGCGAAGAAGGCCCUUCAGGGCGGAACGCGGAACUCGACAGCAAGUCCCUCGGUCGGCGACAGAGAGGGAGAAACUGCGCGGAACGGGGAUGUUCUGCUUCACCUCGUUUCUCCCCGAACGUCGUCGACGACGGCCGCCGACUGCAACGCAGAGACAGCAGAGACUGUUGAGGAAGAAAAGGCACAAGGCGACUUCGGAGGCGACGAGAAAAGAGACGAACCGCAUGCGCUGGUCGUGGACCUCGACGCCGUCGAUGCAUGCGUGAAGACGAGCGCGCUGAAAAUUCUCCGAGAGAAACUCGAGCAAAGCCGGAAGGCUCUCAGAAGACAACUCGACUUUUACUUUUCACCAAGCAACUGGAGCAAAGACACACACUUGCGCUCCGUCGUCCAGCCUCUCCCAGCGGAGGUCGCAAACGUCGUGCAGCAGCAGAGACUGAACACAAAUCGAAAAACACCGUCCGACUCUUCGCCGACUGCCGAUUCGUCUUCCGACUCGUCAUCCGCUUCUUCGGACGUCUUGGUGGGGGUUCCGCUGCGCGAGGUGGCGGCGUUUCCUCGCGUUCAGGCGUUGACGGCGGACGAGGAAUUCAUUGCAGAGUGCAUGCGUUGUGGGGGAGGCUUGCAAUUCGUGCAUGCAGAGAAGGACGCGCAUGGCGACUGGUGGCUGAUUCGCACGGCGAAGGCAGAGGCGAGCGAUUUAGCUGCCAAUGCCGGAAAAGACAAGAAAGGCAACCCAGAGCCGAGACGCUCGCGGAGCGGUGGCAGGUGGGGGGGUCUGUCGGGGGUCGUCGCGAGACCUUGA